CUGGCGAUCGCCAUGGAGAGAAGCACAGCUCCAGCCGCCGCGGCUACUUUCGCUUCCAGGGAAAGCGUGCUGGAUUUGCGCAUGAUUGCCGUGUUCCUGGGCGCCGUCCCGGUGCUGCGGCCGAUCCGCCAGUGAGUUGCUCCUGUUGGAUGUGGUCCGUCCUUCGUGGUGGCAUGCCGACAUUACCAUGGAAACCGUGGCUCUCGAUACACUACAAAGGCUUGCUGUCCUGGUCACAGAUGCACCAACAGUGACCACGGAGACCAGCUCAGCUAAUUUACAGAGGAUCUCCAGCUCACAGAAUGCAAGCUCCAUAUUUUCGGGGAUACAAAUCUCCCCGGACAUCGCUUUCCUGAAGACCAUCCCCGCAAUGCUGAUGCUGGUGGAGAUAGUUCUGGGACUUCUAGUCUGGUCCCUCGUUGCAAGUCUCUACCAUAUCCCUCCGGUUCUCGUGUGGGUGAUAAUUAUCACCUUGUUGGUCUGGAUCUCUACUAUUUUGCUGUUCCUCAUCUACUUCUUCGGGGUCCCCUCCCAGUUCAGCUCCGUUCCCUGGCUAACACUGCUGCUGGUGUACAAUAUCGUGGCAGCUGUCCUCUACCUCAUAUGUGCUAUGGCUAAUGCAGUGUACACAGGCCCCUUCCUGCUGCUGAUAGGGUACGAAAACCUCGCAUCAUCCACGUGCCUUGCCAUACUGGUGACGGUGACCUACAGUGGCAGUGCCUUCUUUGCUUUUAAUGCCUGGAAGAGUGCGAGGACAGACCCUGCAAUGCCCCCCGUCACUUCAUAGAACUCCAUCUCCAUCCUUCUUCUAACCACUGAUCUAUAUCACACUUAGAACACAUUUAGAAAGGGGCACGCAGUGUCUCUCUGCCCAGAUGUACUGUGGUCUUAGACAUUUUGGGCCUGGAAGCAGCCUGCCACUCGGUGUUUUCUUAAGCCAGCAGAGCCAGGAUAAACAGCAUUUAGCAAGAGAUUUUUUCCAGAGUUGUAUAUAUUUGCCCUAGGACGUAAAGACUGAAAAUACACACAA